AUGGGCAGCCUCGAGCAACCUCAGCCUCACACCCCUGCUCGCCCCCGUAAGUGCCAUCUCUCUGCCCCCAACGUGCUUGGCUUAGCUAAUGGUGCAGAUACGGGGGAGCGUUUUACACCAACCAUCCACCAUGACACUUAUCCCGCCAUUGAUGUCUCGAACAGUGUAGGCGUGAUUGGCAAGCACGUCUUCCUUACGGGAGCUUCUCGAGGCAUUGGCAAGGCCAUGGCGAUUGCUUACGCCAAAGCUGGAGCCUCCAUCAUUGGCAUCUCCGCACGGUCCGACAUGGAAGAGGUCAAGCGGGAGAUUGAGGACGAGGCUGUCUCGGCUGGACGCGAGAUGCCCGCUGUCGUCACGGUCAACAUGGAUGUGUUGGACCCCGACAGCGUUCAGCAAGCCAUCGAGCAGGUCACCCCGGAGUUCCAGGGCCGGGUCGACAUUUUAAUCAGCAACGCAGGCUACAUGGAACCUUGGACCAAAAUCGUCGACAACGACGUCGACGAGUGGUGGCGAUCCUGGGAUAUCAACAUCCGCGGACAAUAUCUCCUUUGGAAAGCCAUGAUCCCCUUGAUGCUCGCCAACGAAUCGAGCCUCAAGACCAUCAUCAAUGUGUCCAGCAUCGCGGCACACGUAUGCUCGCCUGGGGCGAGCGCCUAUCAAACGACCAAGUUUGCACUUCUGCGGCUCACCGACUUCCUCAACGUCGAAUAUGGGGACCAGGGGCUGAUUGCUUACUGCAUGCAUCCGGGGUCUGUGCCCACGGAGCUGUCGUGGAAGAUGCCCGACUUUGUGAAAGUCAACCUUAUUGACACGCCGGAACUGAUGGCGGACUCGGUCGUAUAUCUGACCCAGAAGAGGCGCGAGUGGUUACGAGGCAGAUACGUGUCGUGCAACUGGGACAUGCCGGAGCUGCUGGCCAUGCAGGAUGAGAUAGUGGAGAAGGACAAACUGAAGAUGAGGAUGGUGGUUUGA